CUCCUGCUCUCUGCGCAAGGACAAAAAACUCAAGAUAGGCUAAGGCCCUCAUAUUUUCUUGAUCGUCUCUCAGCUUCUCUCUUUGAACCCUCGGUGAACUUCAUCACCAUCUUCUCGCUUUCUCCGUCAGCAUGAACCGGUUCUUCAAGAACUCGCUGACCCACCAUCUCUCUCUCAGGCUCGAGCAGCUCGGCACCAAAUUCAGGAACCGCCCCCGCCGUUUCGCUCACUGGGGUGGCGGCGAUUCCGAGCCGGAGUCGUGGAGAUCCAUGGAGGGUCUCGUCCGUUGCCCCGCCAACCACGUCCCUCUCACUCCCAUCAGCUUCUUGGAGCGGUCGGCCAAGGUCUACAGGGACGCGACCUCGGUGGUGCACGGCGACGUGAAGUAUACUUGGAGUGAGACUCACAAGCGGUGUCGUAGAGUGGCCUCUGCUCUGUCCCGGCUGGGAAUUUCCCGGGGUGAUGUGGUAGCCACCUUGGCUCCCAACGUCCCUGCAGUAUACGAGCUGCAUUUCGCAGUCCCCAUGGCUGGAGCGAUCCUCUGCACACUCAACACCCGGCACGACCCAUCCAUGGUAGCAAUACUUCUGAAACAUUCGAGAACCAAGAUCGUUUUCGUGGACUGUCAGCUACUCGAAGUUGCUCGCUGUGCAAUUGAUUUGAUUGACAAGACAGAAACAGAACCGCCGACUCUAGUCCUUAUUUCUGAAUCGGAUGGUUCUGUUCCUCUGCAUCCUUCAGGCAUUUGCGAGUAUGAAGGACUCGUGGCCUCGGGGUCAGGAGAUUUCGAGGUGAGCCGACCACACAGCGAAUGGGAUCCUAUCAGCAUAAACUAUACUUCCGGGACGACAUCGCAGCCCAAAGGAGUUGUCUAUAGCCAUAGAGGUGCGUAUCUAAAUUCGAUUGCGACAUUUCUUCUUCAUGGGAUGGGCUCGAUGCCGGUUUACCUGUGGACAGUGCCUAUGUUUCAUUGCAAUGGAUGGUGCUUGACUUGGGGAGUAGCGGCACAAGGCGGCACCAACGUGUGCCUCCGGAAAGUCUCUCCGAAGGGAAUAUUUGAUAGUAUUGCUAUGCAUAAUGUGACUCACAUGGGAGGAGCGCCGACUGUCUUGAAUAUGAUUGUUAACUCAGCUGUAGACGAUCGACGGCCUCUUCCUCACAAGGUGGAAGUCAUGACAGGCGGUUCGCCGCCGCCUCCACAAAUCCUAUUCAAGAUGGAAGAGCUCGGUUUCAGCGUGUCGCACUUAUAUGGCUUGACAGAAACUUACGGUCCAGGGACAUACUGCGUGUGGAAGCCCGAGUGGGACUCUCUGCCCUCUGACCAAAGAUUGAACAUCAAAGCUCGACAAGGGGUGCAACAUCUUGGCCUCGAGGAAGUCGAUGUUAGAGAUCCAGUCACAGUGGAGAGCGUUCCUAGUGAUGGUAAAUCUCUAGGAGAGAUCAUGUUCAGAGGGAACACCGUCAUGAGCGGGUACUACGAGAAUCAGGAAGCGACGGACAAGGCAUUCGAGGGCGGAUGGUUCCACAGCGGAGACCUUGCUGUGAAGCAUCCCGACAGCUACAUCGAAGUGAAAGAUCGUUUGAAAGACGUUAUAAUUUCGGGAGGAGAAAAUAUAAGCACCGUGGAGGUAGAGACAGUUCUGUACAGCCAUCCGGCGGUUCUAGAGGCUGCGGUGGUCGCGCGUCCCGAUAAUCAUUGGGGCCAAACGCCUUGCGCGUUUGUGAAGUUAAAGGAGGGAUGCAACGUCGAUGCUCAGGAAAUCAUAGGAUUUUGUCGAGAUCAUCUGCCUCAUUACAUGUCUCCUCGUACAGUCGUGUUCGACGAUUUGCCUAGAACUUCGACUGGAAAGAUCCAAAAGUUCAUUCUGAGGGAAAAAGCAAAGGCCAUGGGCAGCCUCUCAUGAACCAAGCAUUUCAUGAGCUAUCCCCACAAUUUAUGUGAUCACUCUUGGUUCACAAAAAGUUCCUGGAGGUGACUAAUUUGCGUUAUUCAUCAUUUUGACCCAGAGAAAGGUGAAAACAGUUCAUGGGAACUAAGAGUAGGUAUAUCAAAUUGCUUUUCUGGUAUGCAUUACAUGCGUACAUCGACACGAAUGUGGCGUCGUGCUUACCCGCAUUCCAUCUCUGUUAUGUUUCGUCUAACUAAGAGGAAAUUAAUCUUUUUUGCCUUGGCAGUUUCGCAGUGUAUUCUUUAGCUCGUGCAGAUUCUCGUGCACUGUGCUGAUUUGAAUCUAGGCGGAUGAUGCAGGGAUGUGCAACUGAGCCGCAAUACAAGUAAUGUCCUCUCUUCACUCUGCUGGUUAGUGACGGUCGAGCACCGGAUUCCCUUCCAGAUCGAUCCACCAUGAGUACUCCCUCGAGGCGGGCGUUGCUGCUGGUACUCCUCCAGCAUCGCGAUGAAGUUUCGGAUGGGAGGGUAUUAAAGCGCCAGCUCUGCAGGUGGUAAGAUCAUAAACGCGGGCUCAGUAUGAAUCCCGUUCGCUGAUGCAUCAUAUUGAACAAAGAACCGUACGUCUGUGCUUAUGAACUUACUGCUGCUAUAGCGAUCCAGUAGCGGCCUUGUCCGUCCUAGUGGAUUUCCAUCCGGCAUCCCGGGCUAGACGAUUGAUGAAUUUGUUUGCCUUUCCCUUCCUCUUCGCUGCCGCGUAGGUAAUUUAUUCUGCACAUGUGCCUGCAAUUGUCGACCCGUUUGACAGGUCGAACUUUGCGUUCUAUUCAUCUAAGAUGCAUCAAUAAUAGUUUCUGAUGCU